AUGCUUCCCAACCCAGCCAACCUCAUGAAGGGAAACGCCGAGAUUCCCGAAGUAGAACAAGUCGGAACAAUAACACUAGAAGAGCUCCACAAGUAUGACUGCAAGAAUCCCGAUCGAAGAAUGUUGAGUUUGUUUGGAAUCGUAUUUGAUGUGACCUCUUCCGAAAAGUCUUAUGGGAAAGAUGGGGCCUACAAGGAAUACGCUGGGCGCGAUAUCACGCUAGCAAUCGGUCUUAUGAAGACGGACGACCAAUGGUUGGAUCGAUUUGUGAAAAUGGAAAAAAAGUGGACCGACGAUGCCAAAGGCUGGGUGGAAUAUAUGGAAAGUAAAUACCCCAAGUGUGGAAAGCUGGACAAAUGGGACGAAGAUCAGGAAACGUGGCCUGAGUUGACAGAUGAGGAGAAGGAGGCCAUUAACAAAUGUAUAAUCAUGUAA